AUGCAACCUGCAAAUUUCUCUGAUAUAAAAUGUGACAUUCCCGAACUAAAGGGUGACAACUAUAAGGUAUGGAAGGGGGGGAUUCUUCUUCAUUUGGGGUGGAUGGAUAUUGACUAUGCUAUUCGGAAGGCUAAACCACCUGCCAUUACGGCGACCAGUCAACCUGAUGAUGUUGACCGGUAUGAGAAAUGGGAGCGAUCUAAUCGCCUUUGUGUCAUGUUUAUAAAAACAAAGAUCUCUGCUGGCAUCCGUGGUUCGGUCGCUCAGCAUGACAAAGUCAAGGAAUUACUGAAGGCUGUUGAUGAACAGUUUGUCUCUUCAGAUAAAGCUUUAGCUAGCACCCUAAUCAUGAAGUUCUCCUCCUUAAGGCUUACCAGUGUCAGUGGUGUGCGUGAGCACAUCAUGCAGAUGAGGGAUAUCAUGGCUCAAUUAAAGAAUCUAGAGGUUGAGAUGUCUGAAUCCUUUCUGGUGCACUACAUUUUGAACACUCUUCCACAUCAAGGGGAGACUGAUUAUGGAAUUGGGAGAGAGUUUGUUGAUGGCAACACAAAGAAAGGAUGA